GUCACAGACAACUGUUCAGUGAUGAAGACUUCGUUCCAUACCGCCUUGUUGUUCGUUCUUGCCUUGGCUGCUGUCCUGCCAUCUGUCUACUCCUUCGGGUUUUCUCCUUUGGCAUCUGGUGUUGUACAGGGCAGGAAGGCAUCUCACUGCAGUGUGCGCAUGAGCACUGAGACCGAGGCUCCUCCCAAACCUGAAAAGAAAGCAGCCAAACCAGCGAAGAUGGGCAAGCAGUCCGCGUUCGGUCCUUUCACCCCUCUUGUGGUUGCAACCCGUGCAGUUGUCGGGGAGAAGCAAUUCAAUCAAAUCCGUGGCAAGGCGAUCACCCUUCACUCACAGGUCAUCACUGAGUUCUGUUCUUACACUGGAACCACCAGAGAGAUCAGACAGGGAUUGAUCAAGUUGGCCAAGAACAACGGAAAUACCCUUGGAUUUCUCUCGUAAUCAUCCCAUAACAUCUGCUUGUUCAUACCUUGUACGGGGAUCUGCAUCUUCCCUCGUAUCCUCAGUGGGAAUGCACUCCUUUGAUGUAAAUUUAU